AUGCAACUUAAUCUUAGUAUCCAGAGAAACAACCCUAAUCUCAUGCUUCAAGCAGAGAAACAUAUCUGGCGUCGCCGUAAGGACCGUAAGGUACUCUACUCCAUAUGUCAUGAUUCAUUGACCUCAUUAUUGUCAACGGACGAAUUUCUUGAUUAUGCAGUUGAAUUGGAUCACCCACUCAAAUUCUUAGGUUUUUCAGUUAAACUUAUGUGUUGUUGUGAUGGUCUGGUUUGCCUAUGGUUCCACAACCGCAAGAGGCAGUUCUUUUGUCUUUGGAAUCCAACAACAAGGGAGUACAAGAUAUUACCAAAAUCAAAGAUAUAUCAAGUUUGUAUGGUUACUCUUGGUUAUGAUUAUAAGAGUAACACUUACAAGGUACUAGCCAGUUCGGGGAGUUUAUUCGAAGUCUAUUCGUUAGGAUUAAAGUCAUGGAAAAGCAUUGAAAACGUACCUUAUGAAGUUUAUGCGUGCAAUAGGCCAUCCGGGGUGCUUGUUAAUGGAAAUUUGCAUUGGUUAGCCACAAAGAAAGGCUACUCUGAUGUUCUAGUCUCUCUAGAUAUUAGCAAUGAGAUUUUUAUUGAAAUAGAACCACCAAAAGAAACUUAUGGCCUUUUUUAUAAUUUGGGGACGUUAGAAGGGUGCCUUUGUUUACUCUUAUUUGACGACGAUGACGAUCAUCUUAAUAUAUGGGUAAUGCAGAAUUAUGUAGUUCAAGAAUCUUGGACUAAACGUUUUAUUGUGAAGCAUAAACAAAUUGUAGAUGAUGGUAAUCUGAGGUUUAUGAUUUGGCCUUUUGAGAGUGGUGAGGUACUGAUUGGGAGUGUUACUAUUGGUACUGCUGGUCUAGUUGUAUAUGACCCUGAUUAUGAAAGUGUUAAAGAGCCAAACAUUUCUAGUUUAUUCUCGCACCAACAAGAGCUUUAUUUUGAAAGCUUAGUUUCGCUCGAGUCGAGAACUUAUGUAGGGGAGAAGAACAAAAUGAAAAACAAGAAGAAGCCAAAGCUGCAAAGAAGUCCGGCUGUAUUGUUCACUGAACAGGUGCCCAAUUAA